CAGAGGUCUAGGCGGGAGAAUCAAAGAUGGCGUCCAAACGGAGUUUGUACAAACCCGCUCCGGAGGAGAGAGGUCCUGGGACUAAACACAGGAGACCCCUGGCACAAGGUCGUCUGGCUACAGCUGAACCGGUCACAGCUGCCCCGAAUGUACCACAGGAGCAACUAGCACAAGCUCAGACUGCAGGCUUAAGAGAUACUCUGGACGUCACAAGAGGAGCGGUAAUGUCAUACAGACAGUCAGGAGCAGUCCCAGAUGAAACCAUUGGGGAAGACAUCUCCAGUACACCCAGGAAGAAUCCCCCCAGAGGCAGCAUGUCCCCCGCCCGCCCCAAGCCCACCCUGACAGAUGAGCUGGCUGUGUCAGACCUGGAGUCCUCCAGUGGGGGAAAUGCCUCAACACAGAGUAAAGACUCGGCCCCGGUGUUGUACGUGGAUGCCAGUCGAGGUCCCAAGAGUCCAGAGAACACAGAGGUGGACAUUGUGACGUCUGUUGUCCAGUCUCCCAUCAAGGUGGUGUGUCACACCCCUGCAGCUGUCCAGUCUGACCUCAGAAAUACUGGUGACCCCCGGCAGACUGCAAAGGUUACCGUAGAUGCAGUACCAUCAGUGCUGCUAGAGGGGGACACUGAUCACACCAUGGGUGUAACAGAACUUCAGCAGUCUGUCCCCAGAUACAAGAUCCCUCUGGUCAUCAGAGAAAAGGACAUUGCAGGAAGUGCUGUUGAUCCAUUCUCUUCAUCCCGUCCCGUGGAGGUUUCAGCAGCAGACACAGACGAGGUUCCAGUCAGGGACACAGACACUCUGUCCACCAGACCAAAAAUCAGACAACAGGCACAACAUGAUUCUGUGAAAGAUGAAGGAGGAUUAUCUGCUGUUAGUGUCACAAAUUCACAAAGGGAACAGCCAGUGAAGAAGAAAAAGAAACCAAAAGGUAUCAUUGUUGAGUCCAGGUACAUGCAGAAAGCCAAAGCUGCUGUACUUCCUGACAAACCCAAGAUUGGAAAGAGUACCCAGUCCUCCACUGUUCAAACCCCUAAACCAGCCCCCACCAGACCAACAAGUGCUCCAGCUAAGAGGAAGGUAGCCCAGAGUUCAUCCUUUAACAGAGAGAAAUCCGUGAAGAAGGCAUCAGAACACGGCUCAACACCUAUAAUUGCUGGAAGCAAGAGGUCGACGACCUCCACACCUGUUGUUACUGGCAGUAAGAGGGCAGCAUCAACCCCCAUGGGUGGGGCACAUCCCCACACCCCCUCCAUGACCCUGGGGGACAUCUCAGCCAUCCCCACCGCAGACAGCAUACUAGUCGCACCCUCUACAUCUACUUCUGCAUCAAAAGGGAAGCCUAAGAAGAAGCAAUACUGCUAUGCCCUGUGGGAGAAGAAUGAAGAUCUGAGGAAGAAGAUCACAGAAGGAAAGCAGCGUAUCCACUGUCUGAAGUACCAGAACCUUUUGGACAGACUCCUAAAGCUGCAGGAGGCGGCAUUGCAGCCACUUGUAGACAGUGCUCCCAAGAUGCAACAGGACUACAGUGAGUUUGCCCACGCCUUGGAUACCACUCGGCACCACCUGGCAACCAUUUCUGUAUCCGAUGAUGUGGAUAAUGAGGAUUAUAUCAAAAAGCUGUACGAGUCUGUGAAUGAGAUUGAGCAGCUGUUAGGACAGCUGAGUAUCAUGACCAGCAGACAGCUGCCCAAGGUCACCAAGUUCUCCAAGGAGCUGGAAGAACUGCAGAAGACAACAGCAGCCGAAGGGGUUCUUCUCAAAAGGAUGGAGGAGCUGGUCGCUGCAGCAGAGAGCAUCAUGACCCAGGAGGUGUCACUCAUCUCACAGGAGAUCCAGCUCAACAGGGCAGGGGAUACUACACAUGACUUCACUUCACAGGGGCUACUAUGA